GAAUACAUCCACCCGCUUUGCAUUCUAGAAAAUUCCACCAAGUACUUCAUAAGCCUGAAUAGCUACGAGAUAACCCUAAACCCUAAGCCCUAAACGUUUUGUAGCGCCUUCACAUUUCCAUCCCUUACUCAUCUUCUCUCAUUUCUCUCUACCUCAAUCUUCCUACUUCCCCACUCAAAGAGCGAUGAAAAACUCAUCUUAAUCUACCAAAUCUAUGAGAUAAAACUGGCAAACUACAGACUCAGAAUUUAAUCGCGAGUCGUGGUUCAAUUGACGAAAAGUCGGAUCAGUGUGAUACGGAGGAAGAAAGGCAGAAGCUUUUGAAGAAAGAUUUCACGGAUCUACUUGCCCGUGGCCUUGAUAUUAUUGCUUUUGGAGAUUAGUGAUUACCCUAACUAAGAGCCGACAACCCCUGUCUCUCACUCAUCAAAUUCUUCUCAGUCUAUUCGCUCCUUCCUAUAAUCUUUAGGCUCACAGCUGCACUCACCCCGGAGUGGAGGUUCAACUUGGGGUUUAGUUUUUGCGGUUUACGUCUUUCUCCAAUGUCCAUGAGUCUCUUCUGACACAGUUCUGUGUUAUCUCAAAGAAUUCAGUUCGACUUUUUAAUCUUGGUUCUACUGUGCUACCAGUCUUAAUAUCUCUCCAGCACUUCUUGCGUUCCUCAAUCGUUUCUCAGUUCAUGCGGUAAAUUUCACUCUCAAGACUAAUGGGCAAAAAGAGGUCGAGAAACAAAUCAUCGACAUGUGCCAAUCCUCCACACACUGGUGUAUCAGCACAAGAAGGGUCAUCAUCAUCGGCACAGACAGCUGCUGCUUAUGUGGCAAGUCCAUCUGUGGCCAACACAACUGCUGCUCCAGCACCUGCACCACAAUUUUACGCUGAACGUCGACGUAGCUUAAAAGAGUUCUUGGAGAAUCCUUAUAAAUGGGAUAAGGAGCAGUUCAAGCGAGGGUGUCAAAUCAUGCUUAGAAGUCUCAUACGGGAAGUUUAUCGGUUGGAGUCAAGAGGCAUAACAAGUGGGCCCCUGAAUGGUGAAAAUAUCUUUGUUAUUGGCAUUAAGGCUGAGAAUCUGAAGGUUGAGAUUUUGGUUACCCCACAUGAAUCCAACCGGAACAGGCCAUGCUUUCGUCAACAAUUUCUAACAUUGGCAUCAGAAGUGGUUCUUCCAUGGAAAGCUACUCGUCCCACGGCAUGGAAGCAUUUUCUCGAUAUGAUAAAAAAGCACAUGCAUCGGUUCUAUUUUAAGCAACUAGAGUGGCAUACCCUACUAUUAUCAUGUGGAGAAGAAGCCAAGUUUGUAACCCAUGCCUAUAUACAUCUUGAGAUUGAGUGUAAAGGUUGGAAAAAGGAUUACGAAAAGGUUAUACCGAGAAGAAACGUUGACAUUGGUAACACUGUUGGUACGGCCUUUGGUUUCUAUGACGUCUACAAAUGUCGAGCCAAAUUUGGAGUCGAAUACGAGCCAGAUCCGCUAGGGGCACUCGUGUUUUACAGACAUGCACACAAACAUGUCAAUGACUACAUCGAAGAGAACCAAAAGAAGAAUGGAGUGAAACCAGAGCUAAUAAAAGAUGCGCUUUUGACACCAGAGCAAAAAGAGAAUAAGCUCGCUCACUUCUUCCCAGAAGUGCCCCUAGAGUUAUUCAAUUACAUGCUUAUAAAGGGCAUUGACAUAAAUGCUGCAAUUUGAGAGAGAGCUCCAAAUCUGAUAAUGUCUGCCACCAAUGUGUUGCAAGAAGGUAGAAGAUAAGAAGAAAAUGUGUGCAGCCAAAUUCAAGGAAAUCUGCUCAAGAGAAAGGAAAAGCAUGGAGAGCAACCUAUCUGAGGGAUGGCAGAAAUCCCCGUUGAGUCGAGUCCUCAUCGGGUCCCCAACCCUAACGGGGGGAGUAUUUGGGGCCAAAUCGGGUACAAGUACGGGGGAUACCCGAAACCAUAAAAUCCCCGACAAGUCCGGGCCGGGGAUGGUAACGGCAUCCCUGUCCUCGAAUUUGUGCACUUGCGAGUUUAUAAAUUUUAGAAACACCUCUUUUGGUGACAACAAGUGGUCUACUGUAAUUUGAGUACUGCAUUUUUUUUUUUGGGUGAACUGGGGGGAAAAAUUUGAGUACUGCUUUCAUUUUCUAGUAACUUCUAUCAUUUUUAGUUUUGGGUGUUGAAUUUCAUAUUGCGUUGCUCUAUUUAAAUUUUUUUUUCUGAGUGAAGUAGAGCAUUACAUCUCAUUUAUUGGUAUAUUCUAUACUCACAAACCAGCUACAAAUUAAGCCCAAGUAAUUACUGUAUUAUUAUCGUACCAUGCAACUAAUUAACACAGAAUGAUUUUGCUAAAAUACUGUGUUAUAUAUAUCUAUCUACAUAGAACAUUUUAACACGAAAAUGGUUGACUUGGAACUUACCUAGCCAAAAGCCAUUGUGGU